GUCAUAUCGUAAUGUCAAAAUAUCUCCAAGAUAUCUGCUGUUUCAGGAAAAUGUAAAAAUACAAAAUAAUAUAGCGAUUAUAUAAUUAGAAACAGCAAGAAUUUAGUUUAGAAACAUGGCAUUGUUUAUGAAACAAGAUUUUACACCUCCCCUUCUCUCCCGGAGGUGGUUUGCAGUGAAAUUUAGGCCCAAUAUGCUCCUAUACAGUCGAGAAAACAUAAUCUUGAUACUUGAAAGCGGCCUGCUGUUCCGAGAAGACAGUGUGGACGUGGAACAGGAGGCUCCUGCUCGUGAGGAUGUUUGGCAGUAUGUGGGGGGCGGCAAGAAUGGCUGGAUGACCAGGGGAGAACGGGUAGCGGGGGUCAGUGGUGUCCUUGCUGCAGUCAUGAUGUUUCCGCCAAGGGAUCUACAUCGCUCCUCGCUAGUAAAGCUAGCAGUAUACGCCUCCCUCCCAGUGGCACUCCGCUGGUGCCACCGCAGUCGCUGUAGAGGAUCCCUCCCUGCCCUCCUCUCAAUCAUGAGGGAAUACUUGGCCCUGGCCAGGAGGACUGCCGCCUGUCUCAAGGAGUAUGCUGCGCUACAUGCUCAAAUAGGCUCCCUAACGUCGGUGAUAGAGUCCACUCACACGUUGCUAUGUAGACAGCAGAGUGACCUCUCCGUGCUACUCUCCCGGGCCUCCUCAGCUGUGCUGGGCAACGCUCCAUGGCUCCGAGCUGAUGUCGCCUGGGAGGCUGUCCAGAAUCAGACCUGUGAUAAUCUGAUGAAAAUACACCACGCCUUCCUAGUAGUCCAAUCGACAUUCUUAAAGCAUAUUGCGAUGGCCCAUUACAUACCGCCUGUAUCAGCCCAACGCACAUACAAAAACCACAAUGAGAGGAUAUACUGGAUCCACACAGUCGUUAUACCGCAUGCCACAGAAGAAUUUCACCACAGCUAUGACUCUCUAGAACGCAUGUACCGUCUACUCAAAAAUUCAGGCACUAAAGACUCAGAAACUAAGAAAUUAGGCUCAGCAUUCAAUAAUAACUGGUUAUAUUCCGACAUACACACAGGCAUAGCGAAAUCUUGUCUAGAAUUAAAGCUAGCACUAAAUAAAUCUAACAGUCUCGAUGUUUUUCUCGAUUCUUGCGCUCUUAAUAAACAGGAAAUCGAUUUGGAUGUGCUAAAUCGAAAUAUCGAUGAUGUUAUAGAUAGUUUAACGAAAUGUUUGAAAACUGUUCAGAGUUCGCAAAUGCGUUUGAAGAAAAUUCAGAAUAAAAAUGUUAAAGACGUUUCGUUUGAAGAUAAAGAGGUUAUGGUUGAAAACGCGGGAGUUUUGAAAAUAGAAGAUUGUGAACCAGAGAGUAAGGAUGAAGUUUUUUAUUUCGUUAAGACUGACGAUGAUAUUUAUGAUGUUCAGCCUGCAGGAGAUCUUACUACUGCGCCAGGAAAAAAAGAAAAAGAAACGAAUAAAAUAGUUUUAAGUGAACUAAAGAGGAAAUUGGGGAAGCGAGAGGAUGCUAUGAGGGAAAGAGAGAGGCAGGCACUCGCAAAAACGAUGCCCGAAUUAAAAAACAUACCUGAAUUUCCACGCCAAAUAAAACCGGAAGAAUUUAUUGAGAGAAAGGGUUUUAUUAGUAAAUUAAAGAGUAAACCUAUUAAAAAACAUGGUUUAAGGAUUAAAAUUAAGAAAAAUAAAACUAAAAAUAAGAAAUACAAGUUCAAACUCUCGAAAUACUCAAAAGAGACGGACAUAAGUGGCGUCAUCUAUGAAGCAAACGCGAAACUUAACGUGAAAAGUAAAAUUUUAACUGUAAACUUUAUAAACGACUACUACAUAACUAAAUGGUGCAAAUAUAUAGAAGAAAAUAGGCCUGUCAGUGUGUCUAGUAACAUAUCGGAUUAUAGUGACAUUGAACCAAGUACGGCCAAAAUACACCCAGAUCAAGAGCUGCGGUGUACAAAGAAAGACUUGGAACUGUCCCCAUCUACUUCGGACAGUGAAUUUGAUUAUACAAAAGAGAAACAGAAUGCUUUACUUCAUGAUGUCCGUCGCCAUAGAGUCGUUAGAAAAAAGAAUCAUCCAAACCAUAGACCGAUCAUAGACAAUGUAGAUGAGAGUUUGAAGCCCAUAGAGUAUAGAUUUGGGACGGGUAUGGCUAUGGCUUCAGUGUUGCAAGUUAAUAAAUCGUUGCCUCAUUAUAUUACUGAUGAAGAGGUUUUUAUUGGUGAUGGUGAAGUGUCUACUGAUAGUGGGAAUGAUGAGGAUGCGUGAUGAUGAACAUUAAUAUGUCAGAAAAUCAAAAAAAAAAAAUUUUCUGUUUUUAAAAGACGUUGCCCCACACUAGGAUUGUUUAUCCGGAGCUGCGGACUACCUAGCGGGUUUACCGGGGCUCCGGCUCGAAAAGCAGGAGUAGGAACGGGGUGGUUUUUAGUCAGUAAGAGUCUGACAUUCCCUCUUGCCUCGCCCAAGGCGGGAGAAGUCAUUAGAUGAUUAUCCCCGUUCAAAAAAAAAAACACUAGGGUUACCUCCUGUUUGUCCUCAUGAUUUUCUCCUAUGUCGUGGGUGCGUUUACAAACAUACAAGUUCACAUACACAUGACACCCAGACCCGAAACAACAAUUUGUGGAUCACACAAAGAAUUGCUCCGACCCGCUCCACGUUUCACGGCAGCCAGUUGUCCAGCUACCGCGCCAACAGUCCAGUCAAGUCAAUUAUACCUUGCCCGGCUCGGUAAUCGAACCUGAGACCACUUGCUCAGUCUUAUUCUCGCUUGUGUAAUUAUUUUUUUUUGUCAUAUGUAAUUUUUUUGUCAUUUUUAAUUGUUUACUAUGAUUGUCUCCUGUGUCGUGUGUGCGUUUACAAACAUACAAGUUCACAUACACAUGACACCCAGACCCGAAACAACAAUUUGUGGAUUACACAAAGUUGAAUUACAUCGAAUUAUUGUUUUUUUUAUAUUCUUGGUGGAAGUUUAAAACGCCCACUUCUUAUGCAUGAGAGUGCGGGUUCGAAACCUACCAACGGCAAGUACCAAUGUGACUUUUUCCAAGUUAUAUGUACUUUCUAAGAUUAUUUAGACACCACUGACAAAUGGUGAAGGAAAACAUCGUGAGGAAACCCGGGCUUAUAAUUUGUAAUUAUAAGUUUGGAAUCGCCAUCCCGCAUUGAGUAAGCGUGGUGAUUAAUGCUCAAACCUUCUCCGUGUGAGAGGCCUUUGGUCAGCAGUGGCCACUUAUAGGCUGUUGAUGUGAUUGAUUUAUGUUUUAAAUAAGUGCUUGCAACGUUUUUGCUUUCCAGUGGUUCACUAACAAACUAACUAACUGCAUUUAUGAUUGUAUUUCUACGCUAUAAUUAUUUAAUUCAAAUAAAUAUUUGGUUUUAUGUAUCUAAUUAAAAUCACUACUUACAAAAUCUGCCCGAGAAUACUUGAUUAAUAUUCUUGUACAUUUGUCGAGGAUGCUCAACUAGUUUCAAGCCACGUCAAGUCGUAUAAGUUUGUUAUGAAAGAGCUACAUCUUUCUUUCACUGUCUCUGUGGCAUCGUGAGUACAGUAGAAGCUCCUUAUUCGCGCUUCCUUCAUUCGCGUUUACACUAUUCGCGGAUCGAAUCGAAAUAUCGGUGCGUAACCUAAAAAAAUACAUUCGCUAUCCUUUGUCAACGCGUCAGUAGAAGGAUAAACAAAUAAAAUAGACCUUAUUACAGCUACGUCUAAAUUGUGACUUCUGCCUAAACCUAGUGUGACCUAAACCUGAUGAUAAUAAUAUUAUCAUCAGGCAAUCUGUAUGAUCAGAAAGUUCAAUUAAACAUUUUUUUUAUCUACUAUUUGCUUCUUAAUUUCGUCAUCUAGGAACGUAUCCCCUAUAACCCCAUACAAAUUACCAUUCCAUAUUCACGAUUUCUGUAUUCGCGGCAUAUUUACGGAACGCAUACCCCGCGAAUAAAGAGCUUCUACUGUAUUUGUGAACCACUUUAUGCAGAGUAGAGUCAAUGUUUAUUUAACUUCUUUAUGUUCUCAAAUUGAAUUAACUGGUCGGGGGUACGAAAUUCUUCAAACAAUUUUUGAAGAAAUUUCGUAUUUUCCCAUUAAAGCCGUAGCAGAUACUUUUAGAACACCUUAUAUUUAUAAUAAUAAUAUGUAUGUAUGUCUCAAGAUAAUAUAUAUUUUUUUAAAUAAUAUUUUGAUCAAAUUAUCUAAUAAUACUGUGAUUAAAAAUCUGUAAUUAAUUUAAUUAUUAAUUCAUGUUAAUGUACAUUUGUUGUAAUUAGGUAGCUGUAUUGUAAUUAAAAAUGUAAUUAAUAAAUUUAAAUUGCUUUUUAA